AUGGGGUCGGGCUCCUCGCGCCACGGGCCGCCGGCUCCUGCCGACUCGGCCAAGAUCAAGCCCCCCAAGAAAUUCUCGUACGCGGACGUCCGACUGAUGAAGAAGUUCCUGCCGUCCUUCGUCUACUACGAGAAGUCGACCGAGCAGCACCGACAGAUCGCGGCCCAGCACUGGGACAAAGUCUUCAAGGACGCCCCCACGCAGCGCACGAGCCAUGUCGCGUCGGCCACUGCGAGCAUGCACAAGGAGGCCAAGCACAUCACCAAGGCCCAGAACAACAAGAUCACGGAGCUCUACGACGUCUUCUACGCGUACCUGGAGGAGCACGGCGGCGACCUGAAGCACGUGUUCCGGUCGUCCAUGCACGUCCGCGGCCGCGUGCUCGUGCACAUCAGCGCCGGAAUGCGGACCAUGUUGGCGUCCGAGAACAUCGCGGAGAAGAUCUUGGCGCUGACCAAGACACAUCGGCGGUUCGGCGUCAAGCUCGAGCACUACGACUGCGUGGGGCGCGCGCUGCUGCACGCCAUGGAGCGGACUUCAGGCGACAACUGGAGCCCCGAGAUCGACGACGCGUGGAGACGCAUGUAUUCCCAUUCGAGCGUCAUCCUCAUCCGCACGCAGAAGAAGACCGAGAAGCAGGCCAGCAAAGACUCCAGGCGCGCGGCCAAGGAGAAGGACAAGUUCGCAAUGGUCAACGUCGGGCCGUCCUCCAACCUCGUCAUCACCAAGACGGGCCGCGUCAACUUCUACACAAUCAUGACCUCGCUCCGCAGCCGAAGAGAGGGCAGCAAAACCAGCGCCAAGGUCACAGGAGCUCAGAGUGAACGGGAGAUCGGGCCUCGCAGCCCGAUAAUCCCGUAG